UAGAAACUUCCUUUUUUUCCUUGUCACUUUUUUCCUUUGCUUUUAUUUUCCUUAACUUCUUUAGUCAUUUGAACUGGAUGGUCAAUAUCAGACGUCUGCUGCAAAUCUGUAAAAAAACCCAAAAAAACAAAAGUAUCCUGCCAUAUAUCCCGGGGAGCAUUCCUCCUUUCUUUUUGCAGAUGCAUUAAGCCUCAGGAGCAAUGGCAGGCGCUGGAGAGCGCAAAGGAAAGAAGGAUGACAAUGGGAUUGGCACUGCUAUUGAUUUUGUGUUGUCCAAUGCUCGACUUGUACUGGGAGUGGGAGGUGCUGCUAUGCUGGGGAUUGCUACCUUGGCUGUCAAACGGAUGUAUGACAGAGCAAUUAGUGCUCCAGCCAGUCCCACCCAUUUAAGCCAGUCAGGAAAGAGAAGCUGGGAGGAACCAAGCUGGCUUGGGUCAUCAUCACGGUUACUGAACCAAGACAUGAAGACAAAUCUUAGCCGUUCUCUGCAAACUCUUCCCACUGGUGCUUCAGAUUUUGAAAUAGAUUCAAUCAAACCUAUGAAGCAUAAAUCACCUGCCAAGAGAAGCCAGGUGGAAUUGAAGAAAUCCCGCCUUCGAAUGUCCUUGCAAGAAAAAUUAUUUGCUUAUUACCGGAGAAAGGUGGCUAUUUCCACAGAAGAACAGAUCAAAGCUAAGCAAGCUGCUGUGGAUAUCUGUGCUGAAUUACGUGGUUUCCUCCAUGCCAAGUUGCCAGACAUGCCUCUGCGUGAGAUGUAUUUGAGUGGUAGCCUCUGUGAUGAUUUACAGGUUGUGACAGCUGAUCACAUCCAACUUAUUGUUCCUCUUGUGCUGGAACAGAAUUUAUGGUCAUGCAUUCCAGGUGAAGAUACCAUCAUGAACAUCCCUGGCUUCUGCCUAGUACGUCGGGAAAACCCAGAAUAUUUUCCUCGUGGUAGCAGUUAUUGGGACCGCUGUGUAGUGGGGGGUUACCUCUCACCUAAGGCUGUGUGUUGUACCUUUGAGAAAGUAGUGGCCGGUUCCAUUAACUGGCCAGCAAUUGGGAUCCUCUUAGACUAUGUGAUCCGUCCAGCAGCACCCUUAGAAUCUCUAACUUUGGAGGUCCAGUAUGAACGGGAUCGGCACCUUCUAAUAGACUUUUUACCAUCUGUGACAUUAGGUGAUACUGUAUUGGUAGCCAGGCCACACCGACUGGCCCAAUAUGAUAAUCUAUGGCGACUCAGCCUUCGGCCAGCAGAGACAGCUCGCCUGCGGGCCUUGGACCAAGAUGACUCUGGUUGCCGUUCUUUGUGCCUCAAGAUCCUCAAGGCCAUAUGUAAACUGAACCCUAUGCUGGGUCGUCUUUCUGCCAGCCAGCUCACCAAUGUAAUAUUACACCUGACCCAGGAAGAAACUGAUUGGUCACAAGAUGUAGUAGCUGACCGUUUUCUUCAGGCAUUGAGAAAACUAAUUGGCUAUUUGGAAGAAGGAGUUCUUCCCAGUGCUUUAAAUCCCAAGGUGAACUUGUUUUCAGAGCUUACUGCUGAAGAAGUGGAUGAAUUAGGCUAUACACUGUACUGUUCACUUUCAGAACCAGAAGUCCUAUUGCAAAUAUAAUAGCUGCCUUAAACAUGACGUUAGUGUUAGAAUUACUUGCCAUGACAGUUUCUCUUCUGAGUGAGUUAUGCACAUCAUGUUCUGGUUAUUUUGCAAGUCUGCCUGUUUUUUUUAUUAUUAAAUGGGAGUGGGGGGUAUUAUAUUUCUUGGUGCUACUGGUCUAGUUCCACUACUCUCAAGGAACUGGAGGAAGAAGCAACAUUGAAGAGCUGCUCAGUUUGCUAUAAAGUCCUUGUUGAUAUACUGCUGCUGGAGUCCCAACAACGUGUACUCUAUGUCCCCUAAUACUCUAUACUUUGCUGCAGUGAAAAUUCUUACUCCCUCUUUCAAAAGUGUAGAAUUGCCGCUAAUGAUUUUAAGAACCACCAAAGUGAAAUGAGCUCUGUUCCUAUUGAUUGGUGAUUCUGUUUUUUUCCCUUUUCAUUCCAAAAGUGUUUGACAAAAAGUUUCAAAAGAAAUAUUUAUAGCAGGAUAUGUAUUUGUGAAUCCUAUUCAUUGACUCUAUUUAUAUUGUCUAGAGAAGGGGAGUUUUUUAAAAAAUUGCAUGCUGCUUAAGUUUAUGUGACACUCAGAGUGACUAUAACCCCAUAUUUUGAUAAACUGAGUGCAUAUUGUCUAGGAUUUGCUGCUUUGCCAGACUGAAGUCCUUCACUGCACAUGCACAUACAUGUGCACAAGGUCCUCAAUACUCUCUUGUUUAAAAAACCGGUAGCAGAUUGCUAAUUUAUGCAGAGGAAUGUAGGGAGAGUAGUUUCUCAUUCACUGCUAUUGAAAUUAUUUGUCCUUGUAUUAACUGCCUGAACAAUAGGAAAUGGUAGGGCAGACAGUCCACUAUUACUGAGGUGCAGAGCAGGAAAUUUGAAAUGAAGAUCCUUGAAUGAGCACUAUGACUUGUUAAAAACAUUGUGCCUUAAAAUCAUAUAAAGGGUACUUGACAGAGGUGGAGUAUGCGAAACUGGAGAGGGCAAAGUGUUUUGGAUGGCAUGGCAGAGGGCAAAGAUGUUUUGGGUGGCAUGGAACUAUUGGUGUACCUGGCACUGGCAGUCACAGUGAGGUGCCCAGUCUGAAUUUGAAGCACCUUUGCCCUCUUCAAUACUGAAUACUGCAUACCACUAGUACUUGAAAAUCAGGCCUUGAGCUUCAAUACCGUGGCCAGCUGGGGAACUUACGUACUGAUGUGUGCCUCCUGAAGGUUUAGUCCAUAAAAUUAUUGGACAUAGGCAGUUACAAGAAAUAACACUUCUGGAGGAAAGCAAAAUAGUUUGAAAAAUAUUUAUUAAAUUAUGCUGUUUAUACAUUUAAAGAAGGUGGCAUACAUUUAACCAAUUUGAUCCAGUUGUAUUCAUGAAGCCAUCAGCAUAUCUUGUUUUAUGUGGUAUUCCAUACAUAAGUUGUAUAACCCUGUUCUUAAUCUCUGCCCAUUCCCUGAAAUAAUGAUACAACAUGUAGGGAGGAGCCACCAUAGUCAUAUCUCCUGCUUUGCAGAUGCAAGCAUGGCAUGGUGAAUGUGUAAUCUCUCAGGAAUAUAUGGUUUGUCAGUGCUGCUAUCAUCUGAUGCUUCUUCCAUCUCUCCCCUCACCCAAGAAAAAUAGGAAAUGCUCUAAAAGAUGAGACUGUCAAACCUGCAUAACUAGUUUACAAUAAUAUACAUGUAAUUCUGAGGGUUGUUACCUUGUUUCAAAUAUCCACCCUUAACCUUAAAAGGCAAAGUGGAUAACGAGAUAAUGUGCAAGUCUUGAGAGUAAAAAAAUAAGCCUCCCAUAUUUUUCUCUUGAAAGUGGUGCUUGCUAAGGCUAUGUAUGCUUCAGGACUGAUUUGAAAGAAGGGUUUUGGUCCUUGUUUGCACAGAAUCAUCUGAUAUUCAUUAAAGUAGCCAGGUUUUUUUUUCAGAAUAUUACUUAAGAGUUGCACUAACUUUAAUUAAUGGAAUUCUUAAAGCAGUGGCAUCUUUUUUUUUUGGAAGCCUCUGAGGAAGCCUGAAAAAAAAUUGAUUACUUUAAUGAAUAGCAGAGAGCUGCUGUGUUCAUGCAAGGUCUGAAAUGCUUCUUUCAAAUCAUUUUCAAAGCAUGUAUAGCCCUAGUGCAUAUGUUAUUGAGAUAAUAUUCAGUAUAAUUCUAAUGUGUAGGCUUUAAUUCUGCAGCUAUGGAGAGUACACCAUCUUUCAUUGUCUUUUGAGAUCAGAUUGUCUGCUACAGAUGGUAUAUAUUGAUUGUAUGGUAAUAGAACCAGUGUUGUCCUAAUUUAAGUUUCAGUCUUCCAGCUAAUGACAUAGAAGGUUGUCCACUGAGUGCCUGGCAAUUUGUAACCUGGAAAACAUUUUUUUUUCACUAACAUAGUUUUUCCAGAAUAUAUUCCUCUCCGUUCUCAACCUUCCUGCUACAUGUGUUGAUGAGCACAUAUACAGACUUUAUGUGGUUGGAAACUUUGCUAUGAAACCCAUUUUUCUCCACCUUUGCUACCUUCUUUUUCCUUAAGAACAAACAUUGCAAAAACAUUUUAUUAGAAAAUGUUAACUAUGUUCUGUUAUGAGGUUGAAUAUAUACUGUAUGUAGUUUUAAGCUACUAUCUCUGUUCCAGUAAGAUGCGAUUUUUUUCACUUUCAUCUCUUUUGUUAUUUCCUACAAAGUAACAAUGAAUUGCUUUUUUUUCCCCCUUUGAGGUAUGCAAAAAGGAUUUAAGACUGUUUCAUAAUAAAGCUAGUAUUAAUAAUUUCACACAGCAAAUUGCCACUGCCAUCAGUGCAGAAUCUGAAGUUGAAAUAAAUGUGUUUACUCUUCAUUUCUAUGGAGGGUAAAUACACCUUGCACAAUAUUUGUGUAUCAGGUUGUGUGGGACAGCUGUAAAAACCUCCCUGGAAAAUUCAGUCUGAAGAAUUAGUAAUCUUAAACUUAUCAGUAUUCACUUAAGCUGCAUGUGACAAUUUCAAAGUUGCUACUGGGCAGGUUUAGUUUUAAGCUCAAGGUCUGUAAAACAAUCAGAACAGAGUACAGAUACUGAUAGUGUGAAGUACAACACAUGGCAAUUUUUUCUAAAUCACAGGGGAAAUGGGAAGCCAAUGACAACAGUUGAUGAUCUCAAGCCCAGGACCCCAAGUCUGCUCAUCCUGGAAUGUAGAUGUCAAACCAAUCAGAAGGAACUGCAGUUAGAACCAGCUAGCUGAAUAAUACAUUUGGUUGUCUUCACUUGGCACUGCUGACCUCCCAAGUCUGAUGGAAUUGCUAACAUGAGAAUUAUGUAAUUAUUCAAUAUAUAUAUGUAUAUUGAAAUGAAAUACAUGGGGUAUUUGCCCAAGUUGAAAUGUUAUGUAAGAAGGUUGGAAGAGAAAAGUCUAGUGGAUGGUCUGUGACAGUGUAUAAAAGUUGUGAAAUAAAAUAUUCCA